AAAUGGCGUCAUUCAUAAACGCCUGAAUGACAUGCGGAUUAUUUUUGCUAAAGCUGUGGCGCUUCGGCAAGAAUGUAAGCUCCGCCAUAGAUAGCAAAGUAGAAAUGAUGUAAACAGUAUUGAAUAAUUAUCCCGCAAAUAUAUUUUUAAAUAUUUAAUAAGUAGUACGCCUGAAUGAUGACGUAAUAUUAUUGCACCGUGUGUAGUUCGUACACGUCUGUACCAGAUGGAAGCGAGGCGAGCAGGAAGUAGCACAACUGAUAAUGUACACCUGGAGUUUCAUACAUUUUUAAGGUUGUGAAGGGAAGGAUGGGCAGGCAGAGGCAUGGGAAGAGGGUGCUGCCGAGCGAUCCCGUCCCACACAGGAAGGAAGAGAAAAGCUCCGCUCCCCAUCGCAAGGAGAAGGAGAAGAAGAAGAAGUUUGACAUCGGAAAGCUCUUCAUCAAUAUAUCCAUCGGCCUCUGCAUCUUCAGCCUCACCUGGUUCUUCUACGCUCUCUACAUGCGAAACUCACUUGCCAAGAGAGUUGUGACGCUUCAUUAUGCGCCUCGGGUUCUGGACGACAACAGCACUAGUCCUGCCGUGUCUCCCGAACGGUUCUGGGGAUCGUAUCGCCCCCAGGUUUAUUUCGGGAUGAAAACGAGGAGCCCCAGAUCUGUUGUGACAGGGCUCAUGUGGCUGCGGCAGUUCUCGGAGACGGACGUGAACCUGCGGCACACGUGCGAGCAGGGCGACCGGCUGCCGAGCUACGGCUGGCUCAUGCACGACGGCCUCAGCUUCGGCGUGCAGGAGAUCCGCGACAGCGACUUCACCCUCACCACCGAGUUCGUCAAGAGGCCCGGCGGCGAGCACGGCGGGGACUGGACCUGGAGGGUCACCGCCAAACAGCACAGCUCGGCCGCCCAGCCGCCCGUCAUCUCGCUGAUGUUCUACGUCGCCACGGACACCCAGGGCUCCCUCCAGGCUCACGUCGAGGAGAGGAACCGGCUGGGUUCCGUGACGGGCUACUCCGAGGAGCUGGGGAACUUCAAGGUCACCUUUCAGAAGCCGUCCUCCGGGGAGGCGGCCAGCGCCAAGUACGCCAGCUACAAUUUCUUGAAGACCGUGACCCAGGGCCUGGAGAAGCUGACGGACAUCGUGAGGAACAGCCUGAACCGGAGGUUCGUCUUCAGCCUGCCAUCGGGCGAGAAGAGGCCCUACAUCGCCGUGGAUACCUACAAGCCCCCCCACCAGCAGCACCAGCAGAAGCACGCCGACACCCGGAAGGAGAGCGACUUCGUGGUCCACCAGGUGACCGUACAGACCCCGUUCCAGGUGGAGGUCCUCUUCGAGUCCGGAAGCUUCCGGGACAGGCCCGGCCAGCUGGUGGGCGCUGCGAUGACUGAGGAGCUGGAGAAGAGGAAGGCCGCCUUCGACCUCAAGUUCGAGAGGACCUUCGGCCUCCAGGGGCGGGGCUUCUCUCCGAGCCAGGUGAAGUUCAGCAAGGCGGCGCUCAGCAACAUGCUGGGCGGGAUGGGCUACUUCCACGGCCAGUCGGUGGUGCAGUCGGCCUACAACGAGUACCCGCUGCUGUACCCGGAGGGCGCCCUGUUCACCGCCGUCCCGUCCCGCUCCUUCUUCCCCCGGGGCUUCCUGUGGGACGAGGGCUUCCACCAGCUGCUCCUCUCCAAGUGGGACCCCCAGGUGACCCGGGAGGCGACGGGCCACUGGCUGGACCUCAUCAACGUGGAGGGCUGGAUCCCGCGGGAGCAGAUCCUGGGCGACGAGGCCCGGAGCAAGGUGCCCGCCGAGUUCGUGGUGCAGCGGAACGAGAACGCCAACCCGCCCACGCUCUUCCUGGCCCUGCAGGAGCUGCUGGAGCAGCUGGAGCGGAGCCCCGAGGCCUCCACCGCCACCGUGCCCUUCCUCCGCCGGCUCUUCCCGCGCCUCCAGACCUGGUUCGAGUGGUACAACACCACCCAGACGGGGCCCCUGCCCAACUCCUACCGCUGGCGGGGCCGGGACAAGGACACCAACCUGUUCCUCAACCCCAAGACGCUGACGUCCGGCCUGGACGACUACCCGCGGGCGUCCCACCCCUCGGCGGACGAGCGGCACGUGGACCUGCACUGCUGGAUGGCGCUGGCGUCGGGCGUCAUGGCGCGGGUGGCGCGGCUCCUGGGCGAGCCGCACGGCGAGUACGAGCGCACGCACCGGACGCUGAGCGACGGCGGCCUGCUGGACGAGCUGCACUGGUCCGAGCAGCUCCGCGCCUUCGCCGACUUCGGCAACCACACCCAGGCCGUGUCCCUGCAGCAGGAGAAGGUGUACGUGCCGCCGGGGCAGCCCCGGCACCAGUUCCCCGUGGCGAGGCUGGUGCGCGCCGUCCGGAGGGCCCCCAAGCCGCAGUACGUCAACGCCCUGGGCUACGUCAGCCUCUUCCCCUUCCUCCUGCACGUGCUCCGCCCCGACUCGCCCCGCCUCCAGCACGUCCUGCGCGACCUGAGGGACCCCGACAAGCUGUGGACGCCCUACGGCCUGCGCUCGCUCUCCAAGGCCGACCCCCUGUACAUGAAGCGCAACACGGAGCACGACGCCCCCUACUGGCGGGGCCCCAUAUGGAUCAACAUCAACUACCUGGCGGUCAGGGCCCUGCAUCACUACGGCAACGCCGAGGGGCCGUACCAGGAGACGGCGGCCGCCCUGUACCAGGAGCUCAGGACUAACGUGGUCAGCAACGUUUACAGACAGUACGUGGAAACGGGUUACAUCUGGGAACAGUACAACGACAGCACGGGCAGGGGGCAGGGCAGCCACCCCUUCACCGGCUGGUCCGCCCUGACUGUGUUAAUGAUGGCUGAGCAGUUCUGAAGCCACGCCCCGUCUGCACCUGUUUCCAAAUUCAGUCUCAUCAAAUGUGCCAUGGCUUACCCCCCUACCCCCCUCCCCCCAAAUCAUCCUCUCUCGUAUCAUCAUGCUGAAUUGUUACUAAAGCAAAAAGCAAAAAAAAAAUAUUUUUCUCCUUAAACUGUUCCCGGUGUGUUUUAUACAGAAGCGUUUUUAACGAUCAAAUAAACUUGGCAAAUUUUGCCGAAGGCCAGGGGGGAGGGGAAUGUUUACUCAGUUUGUGUGCUCUCGAAGCAACUCAGCGAUCGCAGUGUCUCAAACUCUUGUGUUGUAGCUACUUUUUCUCACGACAGUGAAUUAAAGUACUCUUGACCCCGUU